AAAAUAAAAAAAUACUCACCUUUAAUUAUCACCAAAUUAUAUUUAUAUAACAAAUUGUAUAGUACGAGGCCCUGUUUUUUUCGUGUUUUGAUUUAAAUACAUAUAACAUAAGUAAAAUAUAUACGGAGUAAAUAAUAUAAUAUAAAUAGCUAGAAUAUUAAUGUAAUGUAAUCAUGGAAAACAUUAAGAUAAAUACUUCCCUAGCGUCUUUGCCUGAUGAAAUAAUAUCAUUAAUACUUUCAAACAUUGAGCCUCGAGAUAUCAUCAGAUUUUCAGUUACAUGUAGACGGUUUUAUGAAAUUGUAAUAAAUAAUGAUUACCUUUGGAAAAUUAAGUAUUCUGAAAUGUUACCUAAAGAAAUUGUCACAGUUGUUGAAGAAAAUGAUUGCAUAUGGUUAAGAGAAAUGAUUCAAUAUUAUAAACUAAGGAGAAAAAUAUUUAUUGAACUAGUUUCUAUGUCUCCAAAAUCUUUUUGGAGAGUCUAUGAAGUAUCGAUUGAAGAUGUGAGAAGCUUUUUUGCAUUUGCAACGGAAACGAAUUUAAGUUUUUAUUACACAAUCCACAUUCUACAAGGCAUUGUUAAAAAAGGGACUAAAAUUUUAGAUGCUCUAACAAUUGUAAAACCAUUGUAUACAUUGACUGUAAUGUAUUAUACGAAAAUUGUUCUUCGUCAUUUGAUCCAAACAUAUCUUGCUAUUAAAUGGGUAAAGCUGCAUAUGAAAAACAUGUUGACGCCAGAAGUUGUUAUAACGUUCUUCCUGCAGUGGAUAGACCCCAUUAAUAUUUAUACCGAUGAAGAAGUUGAGAUUAAGAUCCAGGGCUUAGUAGCGAAAGUUGAAAAUGUCCUAAAAGAGGUAUACUCAAAUAAUAGCAACGAAAAAGAGGAUUUCAAAUACUCCGAUAAAGAAGUGCUGCUUGCAUUGACACAAGUAAUAUAUAAGGAUGAAAAGUUUUCUGUUUGCGCGAACACCAAAGUGAUAACCUUAAACUUAGCAAAGGUAAUAGAGGAAAGCAACGGGAACAUCAUAACAUAUGCAGUGAUUUAUCACGCUGUUGCAAAGAGGCUUGGUGUGAAAUGUGAUCUGAUUGCAUUUCCAAAUCAUUUAUUCUUAGAGUGGCAAAAUAAUGAAGAUCCGAGUACGCCGUUGUUCACAAUAGAUCUGAUUACCGGGUCUGUAAACCCUAAGAGACGGUGUCCUUUCUCACAGAGCGCAAGUAGUGAAUACGAAUACGUUCCCGACUCCCUCCUGCAGUACGUAUAUUCUUCUUACAUGAUAUCAAAAGGGGCUAUUCGAGAUUGCAAAACUCAAAAUGCAAUUCACCUAAUGGACUUCCUUGGUACAACGCACAUAAAUAACAAUCCUUACAAAAAUUUCUUUACUUAUUUGAUAGAACACUCCGAUACUCCGGUUAUGGAUACGCCACUCAAUAUGACAUAUAUACAUGACGUACAUCUUCAGAUGUUGGUGGCAUUAGCAAAUUUAAAUCCGGCUCCAGAAGUCGCUUAUCAUACCGUUUCAGUUAAGAAACACCGAAGUUAUGUAACAUUCGCUGUGGGUAUGAUAUGUUACCAUAAAGUAUACAACUAUAUGUGCAUCAUACUCGGGUGGGAACUCGAUGGCUCACACUUACGGAUACCUACUGAAGAUAAUCUCGGCCUUGGGCGGGAUCAACCAUUUUAUCGUGUUAUUGCGGGAGAUCAGUCGGAAAGAUAUGUAGCUCAAGAAAACUUAAUGGCAGUUAGGACGCCUUUUCGUAUACAUCGCCUUGAAGAUCACAUAGCUAGAGAAUUUACUCAUUUUGAUGGUUUUUCUUACGUUCCCAAUAAUGAAAAGAUUUUAGAGUAUCCGAAAGAACAACUAAUAACUGAAGUAUUCAGAAAACGUUUUGUCAAUGUUGCUAUACCAUAAAUUAUAAAUAAAUAUUAUAUACCAUCGUAUAUAACACUUACAUAAAGUUAAUUCACCGAUACUUAAAGAUCAUUUUUAAGUGUAUUUUUGUAAAGAAACUAUUCAUUAAUUUACUGGUUAAAGUUUUUUUUCAAAAGUGUAUUAUGUCUGUAAGUGUAAUAUAGGCGCAAUCUAAGUUAGCCGGAAUGAUGUAAUAUUAACAAGUUUAUCGCAGAAAUUAUUUAUAGGAACAAAAGUGCGGAGUAUUCGGGAGGAAGCUUGAAAU